CACAGUGUCCAGAGCCAAUAGCUGCCAGUGCACACUGUCCAGAAAGACCCUGACCCAGUCAUUGGCUGUAGCGGCUGCUGGCCUGGGGUGGCACUGUGGUGUCAAGGUUCUGGGACCAGCCCCCAGCUCUUGAGGCAUUUCAUCUAGUCAGCAGCACUGAAUUGAGCUUGGAUCAGGCCUGGCAGCUGUUAGUCCUGACUGAAGGUUGUGUUUCCGAGGCACCCAAGAGAGCAGGAGCUGCACGGUCCUCUUCUUCCCGACUUCCUGCGAUGGCAUACCUCAGAAUGUGUCCUUCCCGGAGGAGAAUUCUGGCCAUCUUCUUCUUGCCACUUGUCUUCUCAGGUCUUGGUCCUCACUCUGAAUUCAGAGAUGACAUGUUUAAAGUGUUUCCUGCCAGGUUUAGGUGGUCUCGUGUGACCCCUUCCAAGCUGAAGAACAGAUCUGUAGGACUUAGCACUGAAAAGAAUGCUCAGGGCCAAGUGUACUUCACCCUGGAAGGUCACAAGUUCAUGAUCAUUGGAGGCUCCAUCCACUAUUUCCGAGUGCCCAGGGAGUAUUGGAAGGACCGCUUGCUGAAGCUUCAGGCCUGUGGUUUCAACACUGUCAGCACCUACAUCCCUUGGAACCUCCAUGAGCAAGAGAAGGGGAAAUUUGAAUUCUCUGAGAUCCUGGACCUGGAGGCCUAUGUUUCGCUGGCCGCAUCUAUAGGGCUGUGGGUGAUUCUGCGACCAGGGCCAUACAUCUGUGCUGAGGUUGACCUAGGUGGGUUACCCAGCUGGCUUCUGCGCUACCCCAAGCCACAACUGAGAACAACCCACCUGAACUUUGUUGAGGCUGUUGAUGAGUACUUUGAUCAUCUGAUUCCCAGGAUACUUCCUCUGCAGUACCACCAUGGUGGCCCUGUUAUUGCUGUCCAAGUAGAAAAUGAAUAUGGGUCGUUUAGUAAAGAUGGGAGCUACAUGGAAUACAUUAAGAAGGCUCUGCUGAAGAGAGGGAUUGUAGAGUUCCUCUUGACCUCAGAUAAUGACAGUGGGAUCGAGACCGGCUCUGUCGAAGGAGCAUUGGCUACUCUCAACAUGCCAGCCUUUGAGAAGGAUUCUUUUCUUAAGCUUCAACAAAUGCAGAAUGAUAAACCCAUCAUGGUUAUGGAAUACUGGACUGGCUGGUAUGACACGUGGGGGCAAAGACACAAUGUUAAAAGUGCAACUGAAAUCCAACUUACUGUGUCUAGAUUUCUCCGAUCUGGAAUCUCCUUCAAUAUGUAUAUGUUCCAUGGUGGAACCAACUUUGGUUUUAUAAAUGGAGCCCAGAGUAUCCACCAGCACCGAAGUGUUGUGACUAGCUAUGACUAUGAUGCCGUGCUGACCGAGGCUGGAGAUUACACAGAAAAGUAUUUCAAGCUGCGGAAACUUUUUGCUUCUGCUUCAGCAGGUUCCCUGCCUCGGUUGCCUCCUCGUACUCCCAAGACUGUAUACCCAACUGUGGGUCUAUCAUUCUUCUUGCCGUUAUUUGAAAUCCUACCGUACUUAAAUAAGCCUGUCAUGUUAUACACUCCGGUUACCAUGGAGAAUCUUCCAAUAAACAACGGCAGUGGUCAGCCCUUUGGACUGGUCCUCUAUGAGACUUCCAUCUGCUCUGGCGGCCAGCUCUAUGCUCACGUCCGCGAUUCAGCACAGGUGUUCUUGAAUGACACAAGGAUAGGAGAUCUGGAUGAGGAUACCUUUGACCUGACUAUUCCUCAAAUUCAGGAUUGUCAGCUUCUGAGGAUCCUGGUUGAGAACCAAGGCCGGGUUCAUUAUUCAUGGAAUAUUCAAUAUGAAUGGAAAGGAUUAGAUGCUGAUGUUAGCAUCAAUGACACUUUGCUGACAAAUUUCACCAUCUAUUCUCUGGACUUGAAGAUGAGUUUCUUCAAGAGGCUCCUCUCUGCCACCUGGAGGCUUGCUCCAGAAAAUUACCUAGGUCCUGCCUUCUAUAGGGGGACCUUGAAGGCUGGCUCUUCCCCCAAGGAUACCUUCUUGGACCUCUCAAACUGGCAUUAUGGGUUCGUGUUCAUCAAUGGACGCAAUCUUGGAAGAUAUCAGGACAUUGGGCCUCAGAGAACUCUGUACCUUCCUGGCCCCUGGCUUCGGCCGAAAGACAAUGAGAUCAUCAUGUUUGAGAUGAUAGAGAAGGGUUUUUACAUCCGAACUACAAACAAACCCCAGCUGCAAGGCUAGGACAACACAAGUCUUGGAUUGUUGGAACCAUCCCAGAAUGUCUCCUCAGGAUUUUGAUCACUGCUAAGAAUAUCAAACAUGGAGUUGCGUACAGAAAAAUACAACACUAACCUUAAUACCCAGAGAAAUUAUUACUUAUCUUACACUAUCCAUUUA